AAAUAAAAUAAAAUUUAUAUAUUUAAAAAUUACAUCAAAAGUCCUAUAAAACAAGAAGUGACUCAACUGAGACAAAGGUAGUGUCGUCAUCAUCAUCAAUUUUUUUGGUAGAGGACAUAAGGUUUAGGAUUCUUGAGAAAUGAUAAAGUACAUAUAUCUGUCAUUUAUUCAUUGUCCUUGUAAGUCUUUAUUUUUUUUUGCAAAUUAAUGUUAGAAUUAAUUCAUGGAUUUAUUCACAGGUGGAGCAAUAUGACCAGAAAGUUGGGAAUGAGAGGUAACCAACACUUGGGAUUGUGCACAUAUGGUUUAUAUGCAUAUGACAGCGUUUGGUUGCUUGCCCGUGCGCUUGCGGCUUUCUUCAAGCAGGGCGGAAACAUUUCGUUUUCCAAAGAUCCAAGACUGAAAGGGAACGGAGGGCGUUUGCGUCUCGAUUCCAUGAGCGUCUUUGAUGGCGGGAAUUUAUUGCGGGAGAUGAUUUUCAAGACGGAGAUGACCGGCGUGACAGGGCCAUUCAGGUUCACAUCAGAUAGGGACCUAUACAGGCCAGCAUUUGAGGUCAUAAAUAUGGUUGGGACUGGAUUUAGGAGAGUUGGUUAUUGGUCAAAUUACUCCGGGCUCUCAGUUGUGCCACCAGAAUCUCUGUACUCAAAACCUCCAAACAUCUCGUCUUCGAAUCAACGGCUCCACAGGAUGAUUUGGCCAGGACAAGAGACCGAUACGCCCCGAGGCUGGGUGUUCCCUAACAACGGGAGGCAGCUGAGGGUAGGUGUCCCUAAAAGAGUUAGUUUCCAAGAAUUUGUAGGGCAGGUGGCAGGUGAUGAUGGUGAUGAUAUGUUCAGAGGCUACUGCAUUGAGGUCUUCACUAGUGCUGUGUACUUGCUGCCCUAUUCUGUGCCUUACAAGUUUUUGUCCUUUGGGGAUGGCCUUAAAAACCCGGACGAUACAGAUAUAGUGCACGUAAUCACUGAAGGGGUAUAUGAUGCAGUUGUAGGCGACAUUGCAAUCACAACAAACCGGACGAAGAUGGCUGACUUCACCCAACCUUACAUUGAGUCCGGGCUAGUUGUGGUGGUGCCCGUGAAAGAACUGAGUUCUAGUGCUUGGGCAUUUCUUAGACCAUUUACCCCUCCAAUGUGGGCUAUUACUGGAAUCUUUUUCCUCGUCGUCGGGGCAGUUGUUUGGAUUUUGGAACAUCGAAUGAACACGGAUUUUCGCGGACCUCCUAGAAAGCAAUUCAUCACCAUUCUUUGGUUCAGCUUUUCGACUCUCUUCUUUGCACAUAAGGAAAGUACUGUUAGCACUCUGGGGCGCAUAGUCCUGAUCGUAUGGCUCUUCGUGGUCUUGAUCAUAAACUCAAGCUACACUGCAAGCUUGACCUCAAACCUCACUGUCCAACAACUUUCUUCCCCGGUCAAAGGGAUCGAGAGCUUGUUGGCUUCGAACGACCCCAUUGGUUAUCAACUAGGGUCAUUUACGCACAACUAUCUGAUCCAAGAACUCGGCAUUCGUGCAUCUAGGCUUGUUCCUCUUAACUUGCCUGAAGACUUCGUGGACGCUCUAAGGAAGGGUCCUAGAAAUGGAGGGGUUAUGGCUGUGGUUGAUGAACGUGCCUAUAUGGAAGUUUUUCUAUCAACACAUUGUGAGUUCAGUAUUGUUGGCCAAGAGUUUCAGAAGAAUGGAUGGGGAUUUGCCUUUCGAAGGGACUCUCCCCUAGCAGCGGACUUAUCAACAGCAAUACUAAAACUAUCCGAAAGCGGAGAGCUUCAGAAGAUCCAUGACAAAUGGCUGAUGAGAAGCGCAUGUACGUCGGAGAACACGAAGCUUGAAGUUGAUCGUCUCGAGCUCAAGAGCUUCUCGGGCCUCUUCUCCAUAUGUGGGACCGCAAGCUUCUUGGCUUUGAUGGUGUACUUCGCCCUCCUCGCCUGCCAGUACAAGAGGCAUUAUUACUCUAACUCUGAUCAGUCUUCUGGUGGUGGGGGAGGUGGUGGCACUGGUGGCUCGCGAUCGGGGCGAAUGCGGACAUUUCUUUCGUUUGUCGACGAGAAAGAAGAGUCCGUGAAAAGCCGGUCGGUCAAAAGGAAAGAAAUGGAGGAUUCAAGAGGGAGUAGUAUUGGAGGUGGUGAUGCUUCUUCUAUGAAUGGCUCUUAUUAGAAUGAUAGAGCAUCCACAAACAAAGCAUCCUUCUAUCAAAUCCACAUGAUUUUUAAGAAAGAUAAAAUUGUAUGAUUGAAAAUGAUGUAAAGAAAAUAAAAAUAAUGAGCCAAAAAAGGAUCUUUUUUCGAUAGAUGAAAUUAGAAAGUUCGAAACUAUCCUAGAUGAAAUUAGAAAGUGUGGUGAUGACAUGUGUUAUGCACUUAUGCCACACGUGCAUACUACUGACAUGCC